AUGCAGUUUCGCAAUACCCCCCAAUCAUUCACUGUUGGGUUUGAGUUAGAGAUAACCCUAAGGCCAAAGGCAGCGAGCAACAUCCCUGGGUUCCGAUUCGAGGGUGGUGGUGGAAACAAUAUGACAGCCACUUCAAGGGAGAAUGUCAACACCAUCUACACCUUCUUGAUGUUACGUUUGAACUGUGGUGUCCCUUUUGAGCGGACCGCUGACCCUUACACACUAUGGAAUGUGACAUCCAAUCAUUCUGUGAGAGGUUCCGAUGGAUUCUACGGUGCUGAAAUUCGGUCCCCGAAAUACUCAGGUUCAGCGUGGAGACCUGCUAUCAACUAUCUAUUCCAGACCCUAGACCAAUUCUUCCACCUGAAUGGGAAUGAAUCUUGUGGAACCCACAUUCACGUUUCCCGCGGCGAUGUCGAAUGGCCCAUUCUUGAACUACAGGCAAUCGCGAGAGCAGUGGCCACUUACAGUGGCAUAUUCCUUCACCUAUGUCCUGACAGAGACCAAUCACCCUACUGUCAAGCAAAUUGUGAAGACGGUCAGCUGGAAAUAUUGCGCGACAUAAACAACACAGGGUGCCGGGAUCUCAUUGAUCUUAUGUCACCCAUGCGCAACACUGUCAUUAAUUUCCGAUCCCUUCAUCCACUUGAAGACUUCCGUGACACAAUCAAAUUCAGGUUAUUCCCCGCAACCAAUAGUCCAGAAACACUCGAACAGUACAUACUAUCAUCCUUAGCAUUCAUUUCUGCAUCACUACGAACCCAGCAAGAUUAUUACACCGAGGAAAUGCAGGAUGUGACGAUAAACAGCUUUCGUACAUUCAUGACUCCGCAUCCUGAUGAAGCAGGACACAGAGUCGACCACAGGGCAUUAUUCCACAACAAGGAGUAUAACUCAGUUGAUGCACAGAUAAAAUGA